GCUUCUAGUCCGACAUUCUCAAACGAAGGAAGCGACAAUAUGUGUGCCGUCUAAAAAUGGGUAAUGCGAGCGGCCUAAUGUGUCCGGGAAUGCCGGCCUUUUUUAUGCUCGUCAACGCCAAACGCACGAGACAGCGCCGUACUGACGUCAUUGAGCAUCCAAUCACUCCGGAAGCGUCUCUCGUCUACGUUCCUUUAGCUGACGAACGUCUUGAGGCGUCAGUAACAUCGACAACACCAACUUCUACGGACGAGAGUUUUCCAAUGAAUAACCCUGCAUUUGCUGCUCCUCCUCCGUCUUAUGCUAGUACAGAAUUAACGGAAGAGGAAGAGUCUGUCAUCGGUGCAACCCGUCCGUUAUCACCUAUCAGAGAGGAUGCUGAAGAGGAAAUUCCCAAGUCACCGAAAACGUCUAGUGAUUCCGGUAAAUUUGGUCGCUGGAAGAAUAACAUAAAAAAAUUAAAAGUGAGCUCCCAAUUUCUUUGAAAUUAUCUCUGACACACGUCCUGUUCUCUAUAUUGAUUGCAGGCAAUUUGCUGAGGCGGUUUUCUUUUAUUGCCUCAAUUCUUCGUUAAUCUGUAUGUCUUUCUUUUCCGGCAGAAAGUGGGAGAAAAUUCACUGAAAGAUUCCAAUGGAUCCUUACCUGAUCAUAAUCCCUUUUACACCUCGAUUGACAGUAUGCCCGAGAUUAGACCAAGAAAAUCCGCUCCGCUGGUCACCGAUCUGGUU